AUGGCUGAUAGCAGUGAUACCCAGACAGAUGCCGAUCUAGGCAAGGGCCAGCAGCCUGACGGGGCAACAAGCAGGCUCUCUCGGUUGGCAAGGAUCAAAGUGCGGUUGCAACAACUCAUCGGUGGUGAAGGUCGCAAAGACCUGAAGGAAAGAACUGAUAUCGAAAUCCAUUCUUGGGAUGGCCCUAAAGACCCAGACAAUCCGUUCAAUUGGAGCAAGACCUACAAAUGGGUUCUGACGCUCACGGUCUGCAUAAUCUCCGUCUUGACUGGACUCCCUGCUGGAUCCUAUGGAGCUGGAAAUAACUACAUGGCAGAACGGUUUCAUGUUAAGAACGAACCCUUCCCAAACCUGUUUUGGGCGACCACGUCGUGGAACAUGGGUGCGGCCUUUUGGCCCUUGAUAUUCGUCCCUCUGACGGAGACUUCGGGGCGCAUGCCGGGCUAUUUUGUUGCGUAUAUCAUACUGAUUAUCUCGUUGUUUCCAUCAGCCUUUGCGCAGAACUUUGCGACAUUGGUCGUUACGCGGUCCUUUGGCGGCGGUGCGUCGUCGGUCUCCAUCAACAUUGUCGGGGGGAGUAUCAGCGAUGUCUGGUAUGGGAAUCGUGAUAGGAGCCUCCCCAUGUCUAUUUUUGGGUUUACAAGCGUCAUUGGUAUUGCCCUCGGGCCAUUUGUCGGGUCUAUGAUCCAGGCAAUACAUAAGAAGAGCCCCUGGAGAUGGAUUUUCUAUAUUCAAAUCAUUUUCAAUACUGGCCUCGUUCCCAUAUUCUGGCUGAUCCUGCGCGAAACACGCGGGGACGUGAUUCUGCGGAAACGGGCACAAAAAAUCCGCAAGAAGACAGGCAAACCAGUUUAUGCACAGAGCGAGAUUGACCGUCCCAACUUGCUGCAGGAGAUGUGGUUAUCAUUUGCGCGACCAACUCGCAUGCUUCUGACGGAACCGGUGGUUACCUUUUUCACACUCUGGAUUGCCUUUGCGUGGGGAAUCAUGUUCUUGUUUUUCUCCAGUAUCCCGCAAACUUACAAGACUAACUUUAACUGGAGUGUCGUUGCCACAGGCCUAGUUCAGCUGGCUAUCUCGGUCGGAGCUGUGAUUGGAACGGUGAUCAACCCGCUGCAGGAUUGGCUGUAUCUUCGUUCCGCGAGACGAAACAAGGAGACUCCGGGGACGCCGAUUCCCGAGGCGAGGCUGUAUACGUCGAUUAUCGGCAGUUUGAUUUUCGCCGGGGGAUUGUUUUGGUAUGGCUGGGGAAGCGUGGGCCAUGGCAGUAUCCAUUGGAUAGUCCCUACGUGCGGCAUUGUGGCCACGGGGUUGGGUAUCUAUUCUAUCUACAUGGCAGUGGUCAACUACCUGACGGAUGCGUACGAAAAGUAUGCAGCAUCGGCGCUGUCUGCCGCGUCUCUCGGGCGGAACUCAUUCGGAGCCUUUCUCCCGCUGGCGUCAACUCCCAUGUUUACCAACCUUGGAUUCGGAUGGGCAGGAUCGUUGCUGGGAUUCAUUGGUGUGGCGCUGUCCGUCGUCCCGGUGGUUUUGGUCUGGAAAGGCCAGGCGAUUCGGCGUCGCAGUCCAUUCAUACGCGAGGCGACGCUGGCACGCAAGGAGUCGGCUUCAGAAUCUUCAGAAUCAGACACGGAGGGGAAGGAGGGAGCGUGAUUGUCCAUGUAUUUGGAGGUGAAUCGGAUUUGACAAGGUGAAUAUGCAUUGCGAGGCACUGUAUUAAUAUAGGAUGAACUCGCGCCGCUCGCUGUAGAUAUUUUGAUAAGCUUUCUUGGGCAUUGCAUUGUUAGAGCGAAUAGACAAUACGAGAAUACGAUAGCUGAGAG